AUGGUCAAGGCAACUCUCUAUUUUCAUAUCAGCGGAUUCAUAUUUACUGAUAGUACAUAUGUGGGCUCAACUCUUGAAUAUCAUAUUAUCAGCCCAGAGAAGAAUCUGACAAAGAAAUACGAAAUUGAUUACAAAGUCGCGGAACACUGCUCCAAAUCAUAUAAUCUUACAACUUUUGAUGUUACAAAUGCCAAACUUAUCAUCAAAUUAGUUAGAAAAUCAAUAUUUGAUGAUGAAGUUAUCGGAACAGUUAAUAUUCCAUUCAUUUUACUUCCAAUCGAUGUUGUAACAUUAAAUACACUUCCAUUAAUAAUGGAAGAUCAUGAUGUUGGCCCAGUUGGCAUCAGAAUGAACUUGCAUUUGACUCACAAACAAGAACCAUAUAAAGGAACGUUUAAAGAACCAGUUUUAUUACAAAUGGAUUUAUCAAAGUAUCUGCACUCCAACAAAGACAAAUACGAGCAAAAUUAUAUUGGUUCGACACCUAAAAGUACUGCACAUCGCCGCAGGAGAAGGAAUAGCACUGUUAUCAAUUCAAUUUAA